AUGAGAACCUCACUCUUCGCCACCUCACAGCUGGCAGCUCUUGCGCUUCUACUCUGCGUAACUCCAAGUCAAGCACAUACAUGGGUAGAGGCGCUACAACUGAUUGGCUCAAAUGGAGCUUUUACUGGACCCGAAGGUUUCAUGCGAGGCUACAUCGCCAGAACUGACGCAGGCUUUGACGAUAGGCUCAUGACGAACCGCUUCACAGGGCCAGAGAUCAGUGACAGAAGUCCAAUGUGCAGACAAACAGGUGAUAGGGGGGACCAAGGAGUUGGAAAACAAUUUGGGAAGCCCUUACUCAAAGCAGCUCCUACGGACUGGGUCGCUAUCAAAUACUCUGACAACGGCCAUGUUACCUUACCUCUGGGCCCACGGCCAGCAGGAAAUGGCACGAUCUAUGUUUACGGCACUAAGAACUCGUUAAACUCCGACACUCUUUUGGGCAUCCAUAAAAAGUGGAAUGCAGCUGGAGAUGGUGGAGACAAGCGCGGCAAACUACUCGCAACCCGGUUCUACGAUGAUGGACAAUGUCACGAGGACUCUGGAAAUCCUAUAGCUGUCCAGCGUAAGGCAGCCCAAGAAGGAAUGCCCAGACUUUUUUGCCAAACUGAUGUCCAACUUCCCGAGGACGCUGGAACUGAUGGACUGUACACCCUUUACUGGGUUUGGGACUACGCACUAAUGACUGACGCUGGAGCUGUUGCGAAUCAGGAGAUGUAUACUUCGUGUAUGGACAUCAGCAUGACUUCGCAAAAGACCACAAACAAAAUCGACUUCAAGCCUGCGAAAGGAAAAGGCGUCGAAAACACGGCCAUCAAGGCACAGCUCGAUUCGGCUUUCAUUGCUGAUCCUCUGGCCAAACCUGUUCUCGAGUCCAAAUUGACACCAUAUGUCCCCAACAACCCAGCAAAAGGACCAAACGAUCCUAAAGACGGUGCACCUAGCGCUCCUCCAGCUACAGCACCUUCCCCAUCGUCUUCGAAAAAGCCAGAAGCCUCCAAUCCGCCUCCAAAGGAAAUUCCAACCUUACCAACUUCGAGUCAAGAAGCUUGCAAGACGGUGACAGUUACGUAUACACCUGCGGCAGUAACAGUCUACAUGACCGCAACUGCACCCCCACCAGGUGUUCUACCAACAAAGCCAUCCACGAGUCCAUCUUUGGCUCCUAGCCAACGACCCGCGCCAACCAACGGCACAGGUCCAGCGCCAACAACCUCUCACUCCGCACCAAACAACUUGCAGACCUCGAAACCUCCUGCUCCUGAUCAGGCGAAGCAGACUCCCGCGGCAAAGCCAGCUGUCACUCCUUUCCUUCAGGCUGGCCAGAACUACCCCAAAUUCAUCCGGGCUGCGCGGGCUUUCCACGAAUAA